AUGACAGCUAUUCAGGGUCCGCAACAAUCUCAAGGAGGUGCUAAUAGCUUCCCCGUCUUAGAGAUAUGGGAUCCUUCAAAGAAAUACACUUUUAUCAAGCCUACAAAGCAAAUUAACGAUGGGCCUGACGUCGCCAGGUUCUUGACUACAAAAGCCUAUCGAGAUAUUGGUAUAUUCGUCAUGCAACUAAACCGCGCCAUGUGUCCUCGAAAGUCUGUAGGAGAUGAUGGGAAGGACAAGAUUAUAGCUUUCCAUAUCGGCUCAGAAUACGAGACCCGACCGGUCCAGUCGGUAUUGAAGUUGCAAGAGCUGCUUGUUAGGAUAGAGUCUUACAUCGAUGAAGCUCCGCCUGAUCAGGGCCCAAGGCGCUUUGGAAAUGUUAGCUUCCGGAAGUGGUACAAGUUAUUAGAGGGAAGAGUCGUAGACCUCCUUGAAGAGUUCCUACCUGCUUCCGUCUUAAAUUUCGGCCAUGGGGGUGAAUCCGAUACCACCUCCAAAGACGAGCUCACAGCUUAUCUACUUGGUGGGUUUGGGAGUCCACAGAGACUCGACUACGGAACUGGCCACGAGUUAAGCUUUUUAGCUUUUCUCGGAGGCCUAUGGAAACUUGGCGCAUUUAAGGAUGGCAAGCCGGGUGGUGACAUUGAGCGCAGCAUCGUGCUCGGUAUUUUUGAACCAUACCUUCGAGUAGUAAGACGCUUGAUUCUAACAUACACGCUUGAGCCUGCGGGAUCCCAUGGCGUCUGGGGUCUAGACGAUCACUCGUUCCAACCCUAUAUCUACGGCUCAGCACAACUAAGCCGCGCGAUUACAGAUUCAGAGCCCAUGCCGAUUGAAGGCUCCCUGUUUCGGGCACCUAAACCUGCACAAGUAGUCAAAGCUGAAUAUGUUGAGCAAGAAAGAAAUAAGAAUAUGUAUUUCUCAGCCAUAGGGUUUAUCAACGAUGUGAAGAAGGGUCCUUUUUGGGAGCACAGUCCCAUACUAUUCGAUAUAUCCGGUAUCAAGGACGGUUGGGGUAAAAUUAACAAGGGAAUGAUCAAGAUGUUCAACGCCGAAGUUCUUUCUAAGUUUCCAGUAGUGCAACAUUUUCCAUUCGGCUCACUAUUUUCUUGGGAACAGGAUCCUAAUGCCGCGGCUCCUCAGCAGAGUAUCCAUAUGGCAAACCAACCCCCUUCUUCAACAUCCAUGCCGCCGCCAACUGCAGCAAUUGGAUCCGGUACAGCUGCACCAUGGGCACAGACAACAAAUAUGCCGCCACCAUCCGGACCUGGUAUUCCAUACUCCCGAGCGCCAUGGGGUCCGGGACAUCCUGUCCCUAGGCCAUCUCAACCACGGACCAGCACGCCAGGUACCCAAUCACCUAUCACCCAAGCCCCCUGGACCAAAUCUAGCGACAGGCCAAGUGGAUAA